GUAUGAAGAAAAUAAGUGUUAAAAUAUUUGGAUAAGGAUUACAAAAUUUGAGAUUGUCUCAAAUUCAACCGACCUAUUGCCGUUUGUUUAUAAAACUCUACACAAACAAAUUAUUUAACCUACUAGGAGUAGGAAAUAAAAAAGAAAAAAGAAUCACACAAACAAAAUUGAAUCAAGAACCCACCGCACGCACCACGAGAAUGACUUGGAAUUUCGGAAAUACCACCACCGCCUUCUUCAUCCUAUUUGUUUUCAUUCUCUCCGCCACCGCUACCAACACCGCCACUGCUCCCACGGCGUACAAAGCAAUCGAAUCGUACGGUUUUCCAGUAGGGAUUCUCCCAAAAGGGGUAACAAAUUACGAUCUUGAUACUUCUUCAGGCAAAUUCAACGCCUAUUUAAACGGUUCGUGCAGUUUCUCUUUAGAAGGUUCGUAUGAAUUGAAGUACAAACCCAAAAUCAGCGGGUACAUAUACAAAGACAAGUUGACUAAUUUAUCUGGGGUGAGCGUCAAAGUGUAUUUUGUAUGGCUAAAUAUUGUGGAGGUAAAGAGAAGUGGUGAAAAUCUUGAUUUUUCAGUGGGUAUUGCAUCUGCUGAUUUCCCCAUUAUUAACUUUUAUGUUUGCCCGAACUGUUCUAAUGUGGACCAUAAUUAUGUUUCCUCCAUUUAGCUUUAUUAGCUCAGGGUAGGUAUGUUGGAUUUUCAUCUUCUCUUUUAUUCUUUUUCUGGUUUUUUUCUUUCUUUUUUCUUUCUUGUUUGUACUUAUUAUAACUCUACUAUAGAGUAGUCAUUCAGAAAUUGUUGUUGCUUUCUCUGCUUGUUCUUUUUUAGACUAAGGAAUUAAACUAAUUUUAUGU